AUGGCAGCCAAAAUUGCGAGCUUCCUUGGUCUUUCCAGCGUCCUCGGGGACAUAUACCGCGAUUCGUCUCAAGGGAUCCAAGGCAAAACCGUCGCCGUUGUUGAAGAACUAACGCAACUAUCUGGGCGGUCACGGCGAAACCCUACACUGAACAAUACGCCUCUUAACUUUGGUGUGGAAGGAUUCUUCAACGACCGUGACUCGCAACUAUCUCGAGCGGCUUCAAGUGCCCAUAUGGGCGCCGGCCUAACUCCCCGCGCACGAGGAGUUACCUAA